AUGUCGCUGCUGCGCUGGACGCGCCGCCUGCUCGGGGCGGUACCCCGGGGGCCUGGGCCGCGGCCGGCAGCGGGAGCGCGCCGGGGCCUCGGAACGGGAGCGGGGCCCGGCGCCUCCCCCGCCGUCCCGGGCCCUGCGGCCCGCGGAGGCCUCGCGUCCGCCCUGUCGGCGCUGCUGGGCCGCCCGGCCCGCGCCCUCCCCUGCCCGGGCCCGCUGCCCGGCGGCCCCGCGCCCUGGGCGCCGCUGGAGCCGCUGCUGCUGCCCCGGAGCCCGUGGCUCGGCCCGCCGGAGCUGCUGCUCGGCGCCCGCCUCGGGCCCGCCCCGGCCCCGCACGACGCGCUCCGGUGCCCGGCGGCCCGCCCGCGUGCGCCCCGGCUGCGCUGCCGGAACGUGCUGAAGAUCCGCCGGCGCAAGAUGAACCACCACAAGUACCGCAAGCUGGUGCGGAGGACGCGCUUCCUGCGGCGCCGGGUCCGAGAAAGCCGCCUCAAGCGCAAGCAGGCCAAGUUCGAGAGCGACCUGCGGCGCAUCUGGCUCAAGGCGGGCCUGAAGGAGGCCCCCGCCGGCUGGCAGACACCCAAGAUCUACAUCAAGGGCAAAUGAGACGCGAGCCCCUCUCCUCU